AUGACAAAGCGAGAAGCCAGUGUUGGAUUUAUGGUGAACAGUCAAGCAGCCAAAAGUGUGAUCGCUUUCCAACCGAUAUCCGGCCGUCUAGUGAUCCUCACCAUCGACAACACCAUUAAGACACACAUCGUCUCUAUCUACGUACCAACUGAGGCCAGCCCUGACCCAAAGAAGGAUGACUUCUACAACCAGCUUCAAUGCCCACAUCGAUCAUCACUCAAGGACGUCCAUGCCAUGAAAGGGCUAGACUGUGGAUCAGAUCACUACCUCGUCAAGGCCGCGAUACAACUGCGACUACAACGGGCUAAGAAGAAAUCAUUAUCGUCAGCCAAGCUGGACUGUGCCAAACACCUGUGUCUACGCACUCGCCGAAAAACGCAGUCAUGGGUAUCGAACGAAUGCCUUGACUUGGUGGACGAACGGUACCGACAGCUGAACCGCGAGAUCCGAAACCAAAUGCCAGCCAAUCUGGAAGAAGCAGCAUCUAGACACGAAUAUCGCACUCUUUAUCAAACCCUGAAAAGGUUGAGUGGAAAAACCAGAUCGAUCAACGAUAAUAUCAGAAAAACAGACGGGAUGUUUGUACGAUCAUCUUUAGAACGCUUAGAACGGUGGAAGGAAUUCUCCGAAGAACUGUACAACCACGAACAACCUCAAGGACUACUAGCAGAUCCGCCUCGCAUCGAUCCACCAACGACUACAAUGCCUGCUGACGAGCCAACAAUCGAACAAGUGAAGACAGCCAUGCAGCCAUUGAGAAAUGGGAAAGCAGCAGGUGCGGACCAUGUUACCGCAGAAGCAAUCAAGACCGGAGGAAACGUCCUGCUCCAUCGACUCCACGCACUUCUCCAAACCAUUUGA